AAGUAAGAGUGGGGCAUUGGUGGUUCAGUGGUAGAAUUCUCGCCUGCCAGAGGAAGUAAGAUACAUACCAGAAGAAGAGUCAAAUUCUACCUCUGCAUGGACAAGAGAAUUUGAAAGGCUGUAGUUUCCCAUUUUAGGCAACACCAGCACACCAGUCCACUGAGAGGAAAGGGAGAAGACUGCUUUCAUUUUCACUACAUUUCCUGCCCAGAGAGCCAGAGCAGCAAUGGCUGAGAAGAGAUCGCCACAAGAUCCAGUCAAUGAGAUAAAGAUGAUUGCCAGCACCAUGUUUGGUGGCUUCUUGGAGGACUUGAAAGAAAAGAAGGUGUUAGAUAAGCAAGAGUUACAGACAAUAGGGAAAAAAGUGAAUGGCAUCGUGAGUAAGACUGAAAACCUGGUUGGCGAUUUCACCGAGAAAACUCAAAUGGUAGGAAAGGUAUUUAUGGACCAUUUCAUCAAUUCCAGGAGCCUGCUGAGUUUAAAUAUAUCCAGUGAUGGAGAAGGAGGGCCGAACCCGCCUGGCCUCAUCAUUUGCAACAAAGAAUUUGACUAUCUUUCUGAGCGAGAAGGCUCUGAAAAUGACAUUUCAGGGAUGCAAGGCCUGCUUGAAAACCUUGGAUAUUCGGUGGUUAUUAAGGAAAAUCUCACAGCUCUGGAAAUGAAAACGGAACUGAAGAACUUUGCCACCCGCCAAGAGCACCAAUUCUCCGACAGCACGUUCCUGGUGUUCAUGUCCCACGGCACCCUGGACGGGAUCUGUGGCACGAAGCACAGAGAUGAAGAGCCGGACAUUCUUCCCGAUGACACCAUCUUCCAGAUUUUCAACAACCGUAACUGCCAGAGUCUCAAAGACAAGCCCAAGGUCAUCAUCACGCAGGCCUGCCGAGGCAGAGGUGACGGGACCGUCUGGGUGACUGAUGUGGGAGAAGCGUUUGCGUGGACAUAUUACCAGCCCUUGCAGCGUUAUAUCGCCAGUGAUGCCAUAGAAAAGACCCACGUGGAGAAGGACUUCAUCGCUUUCAAAUCUUCGACUCCACAUAAUGUUUCUUGGAGAUUGAACACAGAGGGCUCUGUCUUCAUUUCCCAGCUUAUCUACUACUUAGGAGAGUAUUCUUGUUGUCACCAUUUGGAGGAGAUUUUCCGAAAGGUUCAAAAUGCAUUUGAGAAGCCAAAUACAAUGAUCCAGAUGCCCACGAUUGAGAGAUUAUCCAUGACACGAUAUUUCUACCUCUUUCCUGGGAAUUAAAAUCCAUAUGAAGCAUCUCAGGUAAAUGUCUCCAAGAAACGGAAUUGGGUGCUCCCUUCUCAGAGUCUGUACAUAUAACCUAGAGUGGAGAGUGGGAACGGAGAGCAACUGCCCACUAGUCAAUCUCCUCUGCAUUUUCUUAAUGGCCCUCAGUAAAACCCUGCUUUCAUUUGAAAUUAUCAGAAAUUGUAAGUCUAAUGGUAGCCAGCUAGAAAAUUCUUCAGUCUUCAUAUCUUUCAAUGACCUACCUAGUGAGUAGAGAAUAUUUUGUUCCGAUGCAUGCCUAGAACAAUUGGCCUGGCACAGACAGCUGAUAUGUGGCUUCCUCCCCAAGAAGUCAGCUGGGCCAAGUCUCAUUCCUUCUCUGUAUGUGAUGAGGCCCACCUGGACCACAGGGUCAACUGAUGGCUGUUGGGUCUGUGCCGAGGCGGUCAGGCCCC